UGACAAUGACAUGUAAUUAGUAACGUCAAAAUGGCUGGUUGUCAUUUGUGUUAAAAAAAUAAAUUUGCGUCUUAAAGUGAAUAACUAACAGCCAGGACGUUCCAACUGAUUGCAAAUUGUGCGGUGCUUGGUGGUUGGUCGUUGUUAAUUUAAGAGUGUUCGAGAAACAUAAAUUUGGUUGUUUUAUUAUUCAACACAGGUGACAUAUUUUCCAUCAUUUCUCAUUCAGAUUUAGCAAUAAUUGCAUCUUCGCAGAUGUCGAAUUUGAUUCCGCCGCUUUUGAGCAGUUCACCACCUCCAAUUGUAGGACCACUUGACGAGGAUGACGACGACGAAUUUGGGGAUUUUCGGGCCGCUGCUGAUUCGUUUGACUGUGAUGAUUUCUCUUUACCACCUUCACCACAAAAAUCCUCAGAACUGAAAACCGACCUUUCCAAAGUCAGUUUAGAUAUAAAUAGCAACAAGAGCCAAAAAAACACACAAGAAAUGCCAACUGAGAACGUAGAAGACUCCGUAGUGUGUGAGGAAGUCAGUAAAGAUUUUCAAGACAGGAGAAAAAGCUUAGAUGCUGAGAUCAAAGUCAAUUCUAGUGAACAAAUUGAUGAAAUAAAUGGCUUUGAGGCCGACUUUAAUGACCAAAAAAUUGAAGAUGAUGAUUUCGCUGAUCUUCAAUGUACUCUACCAAAUGAAACUCAAGUAGAAAAUGGAGUAAAUAGCCUCAGCAAUGACGAAAAUCUAUUUGAGGCUUUUAGUGAAAAGACAAAUGACAUUUCUGAAAGUAAUGAGAUUAAAUCUGAGGAUUACUUCUCUGAAGAGAUUAACGACAAAUGUGAGAACGAUCUGAGCGAGUCCUCAGUCAGUCUCAAAGUGUCUGAAAGUGAACAAAAAUCAACUGAAGACGAUUUCGGCGACUUUGAAAACCAUUUUAGUAACGAUAAGGAGGCAUCAGACGACGAAUUCGACGAUUUUGUUGAACCUCCGCAACAGAGUAAAGAAGAUGACGAUUUCGGCGAUUUUGAAUCGUCAGAAUUCGGCGAUUUUUCGCAAAGUUGCGAAAAGUCGACUCUUCCCGAGAUUGACGUGAAAAAUGCUCUUGAAAAAAGCGAAGCAAUUUUGAAGGAAUUUUUCCCCGAUAUCGAACAAGACAGUGACGAUUGCGUCGCUGCUGAUUACACAACAGAAAAUCGCAUUUUUGACGAACUGAAGGAUGUUACGGAAACUAACGCUCUGGUGUAUCAGUGGUCGAAGUCAAACAGCCAGAAAAUGUUCCUUAAAUCAUUGAAUAUCGAUACAAGAAAUAUCUUGUAUGGCCCCGCUUGGAACGGUUCGAUGCCGCGAUUCGCCGGUUUGACGCCACUGGAGCCGGUUAAAACCGAAAUACUCACUCCAACGCCGGUUCAAAACGUUUCGAGUCCGUCCAGUAAUUCUAGUCAGAAGGAAAUUAGUGAUAUUCCAACGGUUCAGUUCGAUUGGAACGGCUCGGGAUUGAUAAAUCCUCUUGAUUACUCACAAACUAUGCUGUUAGAUUUAGAACAGUUGGUAGCGUCCUUAGACAUUCCCUCCACUAAUCCCACUAACCAAUCCCCCACACCCUCUAACGAUCUCCUCGACGAAUGGGAUUUAUGGUUGCAAUCCACGUCAACCGAACUGUCAGCCAACGUACCUGAAGAAACAACCCAGUCACAAAAUUCCGAUUUCUUGCCUCCGGUGUCAUCCAGACCGGAUUUGUUCGAACCGGAACUUCAAGUAUCCAAAGAAAAUGAAAAAACCGACUUUUCGCCAUUCCAUUCGCCUAAACUAAUACCCCUUCGUGAGACCCACAUUUCGAACGAACAAACCGAUUUGAGCAAACCGGGAUGGUUACAACCGACGAUUCUGACACCAGAUUUACCGCGAAAAGAACCAGUUAUAGCCGAACCCGAAGAUGAAUUUGACGAUUUCCAAAUGGUUUUACCCGAAGAAAACAAAAAUUUGCCCGACUUGAGCGAAUUCGAAACGACCAAAACUAAUAGUCAACAUAUCUCUGCAAGUGAAACUAGCGGACCAGCAGCAGAGGAAGUGAUUGAAGAAGACGAGUUUACGGAGUUUCAUGCGUCACUUCCUGUGGAAUCUCUUCAGUCGGUCCAACCAGAGCCGCUAAAACCGGUCCAGCCUGAGCUGCCAAAAUCGGUUCUUCCGCUGGAAUCGCUUAAACCGCUCCAGCCUGAGCCGCUAAAACCGGUUCUUCCAGCAGAACCGUUUAAACCGGUCCAGCCUGAGCCGUUAAAACCGGUUCUUCCAGCAGAACCGUUUAAACCGGUCCAGCCUGAGCCGUUAAAACCGGUUCUUCCAAUGGAGCCGUUUAAACCGGUCCAACCCGAGCCGUUAAAGCCGGUUCUUCCGCUCGAACCGUUAAAACCCCUACCCGUCGAGCCGUUAAAACCGGUUCCGGUCGAGCCGUUAAAACCAAGUUCGACUCUAAUGACGCAGAUAAAUUGGCCGGAGCCCGGAGUCACCGAUGAAGACAUCAGAAACAUCGAGUUGACUUACUCCCGCAAAGAGGAGAAACCGGAAAUUAGUAAAGGAAAGUCGCUUGAUGACGACGAAUGGAGUGAUUUUGUUUCGGUUACAAAUCCGGUUAUGAAGCCGGUUAUGCCCGACCGGACUGCGACUCCGGACUUGCCUUUGUCGGUUCUUAAUUUGAAUAGUGUUCAAGCCCCGAAACAACCGAUUCCGGUUAUAACCCCUAGCGGUUUGGUUCAGACGAAGUUGUCGUCGAAUAUGCCAAAAUCAGUGGUUCAAACUAGUGUUCAACCAAUGUUUCGGCCCCCAAUGAAUCAGUUUCAGCCCUCUAUUAUUAGUAAUCAGUUCGCGGCGAAUUUUCCGGGGGCUAGUCAAGACGAUGACGAUGAUUGGAGCGAUUUUGUGUCAAGUCAGCCGCCCCCUCAAGUCAACGGGUAUCAGAAGGCAGCCCCCACGAACAUUAUCAUGAAUCCGACGCAUUUCGAGACGUUGAAUUAUACCGCACCGAAAAAUAAAAUUUCAACAAUCCCUGAUUUGGAUUUCAUAGCUCCCAAAAAUCGGACUAAAAAAUGACUAAGGGAGCAAGUUAUGCUUUAAGCAGUAUUUCGAAAGGGGCAUGAGUGAUAUUUAUUUCUGUCUAGGGAAGAAAAAGUAUUUUCGUUACGUACUUAAUUAUGUUUAUUGUUCACGUCCAUGUAUAUAAAGUAUUGUUAUUUAUCAUUCCAGAUUGUAUAUAAAUAAAAAUCAUGUUUAAUUAU